AAACUCAAAUCUUGUUGAAAAGCGAGAGAGAGAGAGACGCAGAAGAUCGAGAGAGAGAGAGAGAGAGAGGAGGCGAUGCAGCAGCGAAGUAGGAGAGGAAGCAGAGCAGCGGCGGAAGCAGAUCGUUCGGUUGUGGAAAACCUUGUUGGCGGAAGAAACCCUAACCCUAAAUGCCAUAUACGCAGGGAUUAAAACCUAAGAAGCCGUUGAACAAGCCUUCAAGCUGUCCAGAACUCUGGUUCAAAGAAAAAGUUCUUAAACAUGUUGUUUUCAAGAUGCAGUUGGAUUCUCUCACCAGAGCACAAUCACCAGACCACAAAGCUUCAACAGAGUUGGAGAAGAAAGUAGCCCUAAAUUUCUCGAGAAUCGACCUCACCUCUCUAUUAUCCGACGAGCUUCUCCUCCGAAUCUUCUCCAACCUUCCGGACUCCCAACGGAAAUCUAAUUCUCUUGUUUGCAAGCGAUGGAUGUUCCUGCAAGGCCGCUUGGUUCACUCCGUCAAGCUGCUUGACUGGGAUUUCCUCGUAUCGGGUCGACUUCUCUCACGUUUCCCCAACCUCACCGAUGUUGAUCUCGUUGCCGCCUGCAUUGACUCGCCAAGGAAUUCUGGAAUCCUACUGACCCAUAAAUUAUUAUCAGUUCACAUUGAUGCUGAUUUCUUGCCUGGUAGGUUUGUCCCCGAGGAUAAUUUGCUGCCACCGGCUUUGAUUGAUCGAGGGCUUCGAGCUCUUGCCCGGGGAUGCCCUAAUUUGCGGAAACUUGUUCUUAUUGCUGCCACCGAGUCUGGUUUGUCGAGCGUUGCCGAGGAGUGCCCAACGUUGCAGGAAUUGGAGCUGCACCAUUGCACGGAUCUCGCAUUGCAUGGGAUUUCCGCUUGUAAGAAUCUCCAGAUCCUGAAAUUGAUUGGGACUGUGGAUGGUUUCUAUAGUUCUGUGCUUUCGGAUAUCGGUUUGACGUUCUUGGCAAACGGUUGUAAGCGUCUUGUGAAGCUUGAGCUGAGCGGAUGCGAGGGGAGCUACGAUGGAAUCAAAGCUAUUGGCCAAUGCUGCCAUAUGCUCGAGGAGCUCAUACUUUGCGACCACAGGAUGGAUGGUGGGUGGAUGUCAGCCUUGUCGUUCUGUGAAAAUUUGAAGACUUUGAGGCUUCAGUCGUGCAAGAGGAUUGAUCCCACACCAGGGCCUGUUGAACAUUUGGGGUCUUUGCCGACUCUUGAACGAUUGCAGCUGCAGAGGUGCCAACUGCGAGAUCAGCAGAGUGUUAAGUCGUUGUUUUUGAUAUGUGACACUGUCAGGGAGAUGGAUUUUCAGGACUGUUGGGGUUUGGAUAAUGAGAUGUUCAGCUUUGCAAGUCAAUGCAGGAGGGUAAAGUUUCUAUCUUUGGAAGGAUGCUCUUUGCUAACAACAGAUGGUCUAGAGUCAGUAAUUCUCUCUUGGAAGGAGCUUCAAAGUCUUAGAGUAGUCUCAUGUAAUAAUAUAAAGGACAGUGAAGUCACUCCUGCUCUGUCGAGCUUGUUUUCAGUUCUAAAGGAGUUGAAAUGGAGACCAGAUUCCCGAUCUCUUAUUUCAUCAGGCCUUGCAGGAACUGGAGUAGGAAAGAAAGGGGGUAAAAUUUUCAAGAGAAUAUGAAGCCUGAACUUGCUAUCUGAUGUGGAGUACCUGAGCUUCUUUUAAAUGUAUACUCAGCUGAAUCAAUUGGCGGCAACCAACGAAUUCAUGAAAAAAAAAUUCAGCAACAAUUGAAAUCAUUGCAGCGAUGGCACACUGCCAACAUGCUGUAAUCGUUCUCAUGGUACUUCAAGAAGGUUAACAUGGUAGUUAACAGAGGAUGAUAACCAGCCAGGAGAGCUAAAGUUGUAGAAAUGUCAAUCCUUCUUCACCUUUUCGUAAUGCAUGUUCAUUUGAGUUUCGAUUCUCAGGCCCAGAUUACUCCAUUGAUGUAUUUACCCUGUUGCUUUCUGUGUGUGUCAUAUAUCAUUUUUCUUUGUUAACAAGGAUAGGUAUGCUAAUCCUUUCCCUUCUAGUAUUUGAAACAAGUGACCAGAAGGGAUGAUAUCUUUGUAUAACAGUAGUUCAUUUAUAGUAAGCUGUGUCUUUCUUGAACAUCAUGCUUAGGGCCCUUACAUUCUGAACUUAAA